UCAGGCGAACAGCCCAAUCCCCUUUCCUCACCCCUCGCUAGGUUUCCUCCACGCCGCCGCCGGUCCCUUGUGCGCAGCUCCCUCCGCCGGUCCCUCCUCCGCCGCUGCUCCUCCCGUCGGCGUCACCCGCCCCUGCCCCGCUCUCCAGCAGCAGCACUCUACUCCGGCGGACGCCGCCAAACUCUCUUCUCCAAAAUUUCAUCUCCCCCCUCCCGAUCUAGCCAGACGGUCACGCGCACCGGCACGCCAGGGAUGAUGGAGCCCGCCUCCCGCAAGCGCCGCGCCUCCUCGCCUCCGCCGUCGGGCCCCGUCACGCUGCCGCCGCCCGGCUUCGUGGCGGACAGGGAGGAGGCGGCGGCCCGCGUGGAGCGGCUUCUCCAGUACCAGUUCAACAACCGCUCCCUGCUCGAGGAGGCGCUCACCCACCAGUCCUUUGCCGGUGGCGCCGCGGCCUCCUACCAGAGGCUCGAGUUCGUCGGGGACGCGGCGCUCGGCCUUGCCUUCUCCAACUUCCUCUACCUCACCAACCCCACCGUCGGCCCCGGGGCGCUCUCCACGCUCCGGGCCGCCAACAUCUCCACCGAGAAGCUGGCCCGCGCCGCCGUGCGCCACGACCUCUACCGGCUGCUCCGACGCAACUGCCCUCGCCUCGAUCUCUUGGUAGGACAGUUUAUCCAGUCAGUGAAACAAGAGUUAGAGGGUGACCUUGGCACUACGCCCUAUGGUGGCACUGUAUUUAAGGCUCCCAAGGUGCUUGCUGAUAUAGUUGAGGCCAUUGCCGCUGCUGUCUAUGUGGAUUGCAACUUCAAUCUUGAGAAGCUCUGGAAGGUAACAAGGUUCCUCUUUGAGCCCAUUGUCACGGCAGAAACUAUAGACGAGCAACCCGUGUCUACGUUGCAUGAACUGUGCCAGAAACAUGGGAAAGAUAUAAAAUUCAAGACUUGGCAGAAGGGUGGAACUGCGGUUGUAAAUGUAUUUGUUGGUGGGGCACUUGUUGGGAUGGGCUCCUCAGAGCAGAUGGUAAUCGCUAAGCUCAAUGCCACAAGGGAUGCAUUAAGCAAGCUUCUUGGUGGAGGCAAUCAGCAAGUGUUGACAACCAGAGUUGGCCAUGGAUCGGGGGUUGAGGUUGGAGAGCUUAGGGAAUGCAAGCAGAAGCUUAUUGAGCAGUGCAGCAGGAAGCAUUGGCCAAAACCCAUCUUUAAGUUAGAGAAGACAGAUGGGCCGGCACAUGAUAGGACAUUUGUUUACUCGGUUCAGGUAGAAACCCAAGGUGGUAUUUGGUUAACUUUAGGUGAACCGAUGUCAAGAGUAAAGGAUGCGGAGAAUUCUGGCGCGCAGAAGAUGUUGGAACAUCUAUUGAAAUUGUGA